AUAUUAUUUCUGGGCUAACAGCCAUCCGUCCCAUUGACUCACUCCCAAGUUCAAUCCCACAGUCAGUCACUAACCACCAGACGGCCGUGGACAAGCACCCCGAAGAUGCCCAAAGUCCACCUCCUCGAUUAUGUCGCCGGAAACGUGCGCAGCCUCGUCAAUGCCAUCGAGAAGGUUGGUUACGAGGUAGAAUGGAUCCGAUCACCGGAGGACGUCAAGAAUGCUGAGAAACUCAUUCUCCCCGGUGUCGGUCACUUUGGCCACUGCCUGUCCCAACUUUCCUCGGCCGGCUACCUCCCCGCCCUCCGCGCCCACGCCGACGCCGGGAAACCGUUCAUGGGAAUCUGCGUCGGACUGCAAGCCCUCUUCUCCACAUCCGCCGAAGAUCCCGACUGCCCAGGUCUCCGCGUCAUCCCGGGGGCACUGGACCGGUUUGACGACUCUGUGAAGGCGGUCCCGCACAUCGGGUGGAACAACGCCUCAUGCCCCACAAACCCUACACUCUAUGGCCUGCGCCCCGACUCCAAGUACUACUACGUUCACUCAUACAAAUACCCGUACAAUAAAGGGGAGCUGGAAGCGCUCGGCUGGGCGGUUGCCACUGGUACAUAUGGGAAUGAAACGUUCGUUGGGGCCGUGGCCAAGGGGAAUGUGUUUGCGACGCAGUUCCACCCCGAGAAGAGUGGUGUCGCGGGGCUGAGGGUUCUUCGUGCCUUUUUGGAUGGGUCAGGCGCGAAGGCUCUCGCGGACAACCCGCUCACAGGAGUCGAUGCCGGCGUGGACGAGAUGAUUGCGAACGAGGGCUUGACUCGGCGUGUGAUUGCCUGCUUGGAUGUGCGGACAAACGACCAGGGUGAUCUGGUGGUGACCAAGGGGGACCAAUACGACGUACGGGAGAAGUCUGACGACCGAUCGGUACGGAACCUGGGCAAGCCGGUGGAGAUGGCGAAGAAGUAUUACGAGCAGGGGGCAGAUGAGGUCACUUUCUUGAACAUCACCUCCUUCCGGGACUGCCCAGUUGCCGAUCUGCCAAUGUUGGAGAUUCUGAGGAGGACAUCAGAAACGGUGUUCGUGCCCCUGACGAUCGGCGGUGGCAUCCGGGACACGGUGGAUGUAGAUGGGACAAAGGUGUCAGCUCUAGAGAUCGCGACAAUGUACUUCAAGAGCGGAGCGGACAAGGUGUCAAUUGGGAGUGACGCCGUGAUCGCUGCCGAGGAGUAUUAUCGGGGUGGAAAGGCUUUAUACGGCAACACUGCCAUCGAGCAAAUCAGCAAGGCCUACGGCAACCAAGCCGUCGUCGUGAGCGUGGACCCAAAGCGGGUGUAUGUUCCCAAAGAGGAUGCCACACGCCACGCCACCGUCAAGACCAAGUCCCCAGGUCCGAAGGGAGAGGGAUACUGCUGGUACGCGUGCACGAUAAAGGGUGGACGAGAGACCAGGGAUCUUGAUGUCGUGGAGCUUACCCAGGCCGUCGAGGCUAUGGGCGCAGGGGAGAUCCUGCUCAACUGCAUCGACAAGGAUGGCACGAACAGCGGGUUCGACCUGGAGCUGAUCUCACAAGUUAAGCAGGCCAUCAGGAUACCGGUCAUUGCCAGCAGCGGGGCGGGCAACCCAGGCCACUUCUUUGAAGUCUUCCAGGAGACACCCACUGACGCUGCUUUGGGGGCUGGCAUGUUCCACAGGGGCGAGUACACGGUGCAGCAGGUAAAAGACCACCUCGGUGAGAAGGGAUUGGCGGUGAGGAAAUUUGAGGGCGAGUUGUGAGGCCACCAACAGCCAAGCGCAAAACAUGC